CAUAUGGAAGAAGGAAACCAGACUUCUGUAAGCGAGUUCAUCCUUUUAGGAGUUACCAAUGAUCCAAACGUGCAAAUAUUCCUUUUCAUAUUAUUCUUGUUGAUAUAUAUUGUUACUGCUUUUGGAAAUAUUGGCAUCAUGGUUAUAAUCAUGGUAUUUUCUGACUUGCAAAGCCCAAUGUAUUUCUUUCUUAGCAACUUGUCAGCCUCUGAUCUCUGUUAUUCUACUGUUGUUACCCCAAAAUUGCUGCAUGAUAUGUUUUUGCAGAAAAAAUCAAUCUCUUUUAUUGGCUGUGCACUUCAACUGUAUUUAUUUGCAUUAUUUGCUAGCACUGAAUGCUACAUAUUGUCUGCAAUGGCAUAUGAUCGAUAUGUAGCCAUAUGUAACCCUCUUAUGUAUAUGGUAAUAAUGAACAGGACUAGGUGUAUAUUUCUCGUUACUGCUGUAUAUGCUGGUGGUUUCCUCACUGCAGGAAUUCAUACCUCUACGACUAUAACUUUACCUUUCUGUGGACCUAAUAUAAUCAACCACUUUUAUUGUGAUAUUCCUCCUCUAAUGGAUCUUGCUUGUUCAGAUCCAUAUAUCAACAAGAACAUUAUAUUUGUUGUGGUUUUUGUCCUAGGGUUUAUUUCAGUUACUGUUAUCUUGGCUUCCUAUACUUACAUUUUCUUUACCAUAAUCAAGAUUCAAUCCAAUGAAGGAAGACGGAAAGCUUUUUCGACAUGCACUUCCCACCUUUCUUGUGUCUCCAUGUUUUAUGGGACAGUUUUUUUCAUGUAUCUUCGUCCAGCUUCCAGUUACCAUGUUACACAAAAUAAGGUGGUCUCUGUUUUUUAUACAAUGAUAAUUCCAAUGGUGAACCCAAUCAUCUACAGCUUACGAAACUCAGAAGUAAAUGUAACAGUACGAUCUUAUGUUAAUAAAUUAUUAUCUUAA